CAGAUACAUUGUUAGAAGUUUGAAAGGCAUCCUUUACAACGAGUGGAUCUUUUAUUUUGAGAAGUUGCAGUCUAUCGACAUAAAAAUGUGCAAUUCCAAUGAAACGAACUUGGCCGAAAUACGUACGCAGACAGCGAAAGUUACAAGUGACUCACAAGACAGCGAGUAUCUGUACAUCUUAAUAGUCAUGUCUUUCUAUGGAAUCUUCCUCCUGGGAAUAGUGCUGUGUUAUAUCAAGUCAAAGAAACGGCAGCGAAAAGAUGACGCGCUGUUCCUGUACGAUGACAGGGGAGAGUGGGCCAGACUGAAAUCGAUGCAAAUACCCUUGGUGUUCAGCACCUUGCCAGAGAGCGUGGUGCCCGCUCUGUCCUGCGCCGUGUGCUCUAUGGAGAGCGGUGUGAGCUCGGAGGCAGCUCAAGAUGUCCAACUCACCGUGGAAGACGAGGCGCUGGUUGGAAUUGAAGCUCUGCUCCACGGUACCUCGGGUAAUUCUUAUCCGCCGGCUGAAACCCCUUCUUAAAACGAUAGAAAGGAGGGAGUUACAGACGGCGACCAAGCCCUUGAUUUUGGUUACACUGGACAUAUGGUACCUGUCGCACGCCAGUAGCUUGAAUUAUUCAUCACUUCCCAAUGGACACUCACGAGCACAAAUCUAAAGAGCAUGGAAGAUAUUUCUGCACAUACACCCAUUGACUCAUCUUUUGAAGUCAAAAUCUUCACGUUUGGACAGCUGGUGACAGUGUUAGUAAGAUGUUAUACAUGUUAAACAUCAAAUAGUAAUUCGGCCAGAGAGGUGCUGUUUAAUAGAUUGCUAAUAUUUUUUUCUAUUUAAUGUGUAGAUAUUUUGUUUUAAAGCAAAUAAUUUAAGCAGGAAGAUCAACAAGAUCCGCUCCGAUCGAGGGUAAAGUUCUAGACGCCACUCUUCGAAAUGCUUACAAAUUCUUAUUGGCAAUUAGCCUGGAAACACUUGAAAAUUGUAAAAUCUUCCAGAUAAAACUGGCGUUGGACUUUGUCAAAAAUUAUGUAAACUAUACCACUGCUAUUAAAUUAAUUUGUAAAUAUUAGG